CUCAGUUGAACAGCAUUAAAUCCGGGUUAGGCCACGCCCCUCGCGGCUCACCUGCUCGACGAGGAAGAAGCAGAUGAACAAAAUGGAGUUAAAAUCAGCGGAGGAGUACUCAGAGUCCUCAUCCCCACACACGUUGGUGGUCAACCUGAACGUGGGGGGUCACAGGUUCUGCACCGCACUGAGCACGCUCACAAAGUACCCCGAGUCCAAGCUGGCCGGGUGGUUCAGCGCCCCGUCCAAACUGCUCCGGGACUCGCAGGGACACAUCUUCCUGGACCGGGACGGCUCGCACUUCGGAGCGGUCCUGGAGUUCCUGCGGUCGGAGCGCGUGCCCACGGAGAACGUGCAGCAGGUUCACAGAGAGGCGGUCCACUACAACGUCACGGCGCUGAUCCGACGCCUGGAGGAAAGCCCGCUUCUGUACGGCGAGCUGGUGGGAAGGAAGCAGUUCCUCGCCCGAGUUCCUCACUACAAGGAGAACAUCGAGGUUCUGACCCGCAUCGCCCGUGCCGAGGCCGUGGCUUCCCGCCACUCAAGCAUCAUCAUCUGCGUGCUGCGGACAGAGGAGGACUUGGGUUGCUACGACAACGCCAUCGCCAGCCUGGAGGCCACGACGAGGCACAAGGAAUCGGUGGUGACGUUCGGACCCUGGAGCGCCGGGCCCUCGCCCAAAGACCUGCUCGACUGCGUUAAGAAGGACAUCGAGAACCAGGGCUACACGGUGAGCAUCCAGCCUCACGUCAAGGAGAAGAACUUCCUGUCCCGCAGCUACGGCUUCUUCUACACACUCACGUUCACCUGGUGGUGACCGCGCCCUUCUCCGGCAUGUGUGAUGCGUGGAUGAUACAGGAGGUCCACUGAUAAAGCGCUUUGUUUGCCGACAUUGUUGUCUUUGUAGAAGAACGCCUCGCAAUUCUGAUGCUGCAGAUUUUGCUAUCAGUACGAAACCAAUUAAUACAAAACCAGCAUUGCUGAUAUUGAUACUUUG